AAUAUUUUUAAUAUUUAAUAUAUUAUUUUGAGCCCCUUUUUGCCCCCCCCCAUGCCUCAAACUGCCCAUUCUGCACGGGAAACGAGGGUGGGCUGACCCCAAAAAUGUACGGUUUGGGAUUUUUAAUUUUUUUUCUUUUUGGCUGUUCUUUCAAUUAUAUUUAGAAAAUUAAUCCACCCAGCAAACACCCCCCAAAUUAACGAAGUUUUGAUUUAUUUCGUAUGUUAUCCCCUCUUAUUCUUGCUCAAAAGGCAGAGCUGUCCAAGGUCAUUUUCUUCAUGGGUAAGGCUGUUCUCACCCUUUACACAAUGGAUGUGGCUCUCCCUCCCCUACAAGUGUCCAAAACCAGACAGGUAACAAAACAUUUCCACAUCCUCACCCAGCCCUAGAACAUCAUCUGUUUUCACAGCUCCAUUCACAUCCUCCCUACUCGACUUCAGAGCAAAACCCCAUUUUUCUCCCAGUGCAAUUAGCUGCUUCUGUUAAUUGCAGAGCACUGUGCUUUUUUUUUUUCCCCCAAAUAACUCGAUUUUACCACUUUCUGCCUCUCUUUUUCAAGCUCCACUUGGUGUUUGCUCUUCCAGCUGCUGGGAUUGUUCCUUCCCAUGGUCCUGGCUCCUGAGGAGCACCCAGACACAGCCAGAAAUUUGGGAAUAUUGAUGGCAAUGAUGGAGCAGCUGCUCUCCUCUGCCCUCCCUUUCCCUCAGCACAACCUUGAUCUUCCUUCAGCUGUUUUUGGAGAAGCUGUGUCCAAACACUGCCCUGCUUUCUCCCUUUUGCAGGAGAUGCCAGAGUGACUCCUAGGACAAGGAAUCCUCUCCUGCUCCAGGGGACAACACUGAGAAAGGACAUGGAGGGUAAUGAUUUGGGGGUCCUGGGCCAGCAGUUUUUGGUGACACCCCAGCCCCUGUGCCCCCCUCUCACACACACAACUGGUGACACCAGGAACCGAGGGAUUUCCACCCAAAAAGCCCUCCCUGCAGAGCAGGAAUUCUGCUGUGGGAUCCCCUGUGCAGCCCAGCCCUGCUCAGAGGGAUUUGUGCUUUCAGGUGCAGCUCACCUGGAGCUCGAGUCCUCUCUGGCAGAAAAAAUCUCUCUGUUGGAACAAAAAAUAGAGAAACAAGCACAAGAAAUCCAGCUGAAGGACGGGAGGAUUGCUGAACUCCAGGAGAAAAUAAAGACUCUUCAAGAAGGAGAAGAUGCUUCUGCCUCACCCACCACAGAAGAGCUGGAGAUGAGGUGCCUUCAGCUGCAGAGCCAGGUCUGGGAGAUGGAGCGGUUCCUGAGUGACUAUGGUCUGAUUUGGGUUGGAGAGACACAGGAGCAGCUGGAAGAUGCAGAAUCAGUCCAGGAUGGAGAGGAGAUGCCAGCAAGGAUCCUCUGCAAGCCGGGUGAAGCCGUUGUUUGCAAGCACCAGAUUGAUUUUGAUUUAAUCUUGGAGCACAUUAAGGAUCUGAACUCUCUGGUGGGAGAGGGCAUUGCUCAGAUUGAGCAGACACCCCAAGGGGCUCGGCUGAGGAGAACAGAGCCCCUCACUCUCACCCUGUACCAAAACGGGAUCGUCGUGGGCAGCGGAGCCCUCCGGCCCUACCAGCACCCAGCCACACAGCAAUGCCUGCAGGACAUCAUGGAUGGUUAUUUCCCCUCAGAGCUGCAGCCACGCUACCCCGAUGGCGUCCCCUUGCAGGUCACUGACAGGAGGGACAUGCUGUUUCAGGAGCCAGAGCUUGCAGGGAGUUUUCCUGGCGUUGGUCAGGUGGUGGGAACUUCAGAAUCCAACAAAGUGCAGGAAAACAGCGAGAUCCCAGGUAAAAUCUUAAAUCUGCCUCCGAAAUUCAGCUCAUUCUUGAGGGGGAGGAUUCUCCAACCUUACCAGGGCAGUGCAGGUGGUAGGAGGGGAAUGUCCCAGAUUUUCACAGCAGAGCUACCUGCCUGCUGUGCAUCCCAGCUGUGCACUGAACAGCCUGUUCUCACUGUUGAUGUUGACAAUCAAACAUUUAGAGGGGCAGAAAGUGGGACAGCUUCAAGGGAGGAACCCGAGAGCCGCUCAGGGCCUUGCUGGGGUGCUGAGAGCUCUCCCUGUCGGCUGCUGCGCUCUCUCCUUUCACCAAAUCAGCCUCUUCUGGAGGCAAAAUGUUUGUCACAAAGGUCAUGCAUGGACAUACCUCCCUCCUCUGCUCUGGUAGGUCCCAAAGCCUCCUUGGAGCAGGUUCCCAACAAGCUUUCCAAGCCCCUGAAGCACAGAGGGAGAGUGGGCAGUGCCCGAGGCGUGGCUGGAGCAGCGCCACAGGUAGGACUGGACCCCCCAGACACCCCCAGGAGGAGGCCAGGGAUGAUUCUCUGGCCUCAGCCCCAUGCACAGCACCAGAACCCCCUCCUUGGGCCUCUCUCAGCUCCGUGGAACCUCCCAGAGAGGCUGCACCAGAGCACACGUGGCACUUGGCACUGGCUGCUGUCCCUGCAGGCCACUGCCACUCACCUGCUUUGGUUGCAGGGCUCUGAUGGGCAGCAGAGCAGCAAAGAAAUCCUGGUGGAAACAUCUGGCCUGGAGAGGAGGAAGGCAGCUGAGGAGGAUGAAGCUGCUGCCUGUGAUUUCUGCACUCUGCGCAUCAGAUCCGAGAGCGGGGAGCAGAGGUACGAGGUGAAGAUGCUGCUCACAGACACCAUCGGGGACCUGCGCCAGCACCUCGCCCACAUCAGGGGUGGGAACUCGGACUAUGAGAUCAUCAGCACCUUUCCCCCGAGGGUGUACACGGACAACUCCAGGAGCCUGCAGGAAUGUGGGCUGGUCCCCAGUGCCUCCCUGCUGCUCCGGAGGAGAGAGCCCUCCCAGCAGGAGAGGAGGGGGCUGCAAACAGCCCCCUAAGAGCUCCUCACCCCCCCAGCUCUGCACAGGGAGGGAGCUGCCUCUCACCUUACCCAGCCUGCCCUGGCUGGGAGAAGGAGAGGUUUUCUUUCCAGAUUUAGUUUCACUGUGCCAUUCCCUGGGAUGGAGAAGAGCUGGGAGCAGCCAUUUGGCCACUGCCUUUGGCAGAGGGGGCCGGACCCGGUCCUGCUGCCUCACAGUGCCCCAGGACACGCAGGUGCCAACACAGGGACACUUCCACCAGCUCACCUGGGCUCCAGGCCUCUCAUCUCUGUGCAGGGUUACACAGGCUGAGCCCUGCCUAGGGGAGCCUGCCAGCUUCCCCCCAGCACCGGGCAGUUGCUUAGCUGGGCGCAGGGGCUCUGGAGCAGCAGGAUGGACACACAGCCAGGGGCAGUUUGUUUUCUACACACAGCUGCUCCCUAUAGAUUUCACCUGCUCUGAUACCAGGGCACAAACAGGCUCAGUUCCAUGGUCUCUGCUGGAGCUAAACCUGAAGGCCUUGAGCCAUCAGAGUGCUGGGGCUGAGCCAGGCUCGACUCAGCCGGGAGAUCCUGCUGCUGGGUUUCCUGUACGUGCACAGCUCCUUCCCUUGGACAGCCCCCAAGCUGCAGCGGGGCCCGGGCUCCAGCCUGCCUGGAGGAACCCGCCCUCCUCCUCCUCCUCCUGCUGGAUGCUGCAACAGGACACCGUGUCAUUGGAGACGAGCAGAAUCCCUCCACGGCGUCUCUGCUGAACCCUGAAUAAAGCAUCUUCCUCCCUCUCCCGUGGGCUGGGGCUGCACUUUUCCCUUUCCCUUUCCCCAGCACAUUCUUCCCAUUCCAGCUGUGACAAGCUCUCACUUGACUCCCAGCUGACAACACUCCCACUCAUGCGAGGCAGGGCCUUCUGGCAGGUUCCCUCUUCGCAGAGACCCAGCCCUCAUUAAAGGCUCCCAAUAAAAUCCUUUAUUUCAGCUGCAAUUUCCCCAUUUCCUUUAGAUUUCAAAGGCUGUGAAAGCUCAGGGUGGGCUGAGCUCUUCCCAGACCCCUCUGAGCAGAGCUGCACACCUCAAACACAGGAAGCAAACCAGCUGCUUCCCCUGAGCUCACACAUCCCUCCCUCAGCUUCUUCCUUUCUCCACCUGUAGCAGAUUCAGGAGCAGCUGUUUCCCCUGCCCCUCUGUACCCUGGUCUAGGCAAUCUUUGUGCCAAGGGUUUGUUUUUCAGUCCCACGUCUCGCUGAGGCUGUCCCUGCCUCUGGCUGUCACUGUCACCACAAAGGGGAGAGGAAUGCUCUGGUACCUGUCACUACUGUGCCGUGGGACAUUCACACACGUCCUGUCAGCCUCUGAUUAGCAGCAGCAAUCUAAGGUGUUAAGAUCUUUGUGUCAGGCUGCAGCAGCACGUACAACCCACUCAGCUUCUCAGCUGGAAAUGACUCACACUCCUUGGGUAGGGUGAUGUUUAACCUGUAGCCAAAAUAAAACCGAAUUUAAAAGAAACGCAGGAGUAGCGCUGUGAAAGGUACAGUAACAUUUAAUAGCAUCUCGGAAGACAACACUGGUUAUAAACUUGCUUUUUGGCAGGAAAACAAAAUGCACUUGGUCCAGGAUUGCAAAAAAGCCAACUCAAAGAGGAAAGAUCGGACAGCUGGAGCAUCAGCUGUUCUGGGGCAGCCCUGAGCCAUUAAUGCUCACAAGGGAGCCCAGCCAGGGUGGAGGGAGGCCAGAGCAGCACAGAUCCCACUUCCAGCCCCACCCAAUCCCCA